CCGCCCUCCUUUCCUCUCCCUCUCUUGCUCUCCCUCCCUCUCUGCUGCCUCACUCAUUCCCUGAGCAGCACACUGAACUGGAUAACGUCUCCUUCAACCCGCAGCACAGACUCAUUUCUCUACACACCAGCUCUGAGUGGAUGCUCAGCAGGGGUGUUUGAGAUAUUAGCGAGCUGUGGGGGAGCAGCUCAGGGACUUCUUCCAUCCACACACAAAGAGAACGGCAGUUGGGAGGAAUAUGGGCAAAUCCGAAAGCCAAAUGGAUAUCAUGGAGAAAUCAAGUAAACCUGGAAAGCGUCGCUGGACUGUUGCAGAAAUUGGUCUGUCUGUGCUGCUGCUGUUGGUCAGCUGUGCCUUGGCUGGACUGGCAGUCCUCUACACAUCAGCUGUGAAAGAACAAUCAAACAGGCCGAGUGCGUCCAAGAGCUCAACAGGUGGAGACCAGCUGUCUCACUCCAUCCUCAACAAUGUGUGCACAACUGAGGACUGUGUUACUGCAGCCGCUCGGCUCUUGCAGAAUAUGGAUAAGUCUGUGAAGCCUUGCGAUAAUUUCUACCAGUACGCCUGUGGGGGUUGGCUGGAGCGACAUGUCAUCCCGGAGACCAGCUCCCGUCACAGCGUCUUUGACAUUCUGAGGGACAAGCUGGAGAUUGUCCUCAAAGGUGUUCUUGAGACUGGGAAUGCACAGGACAGAGACGCAAUCAAGAAGGCCAAAACCCUUUACACCUCCUGCAUGAAUGAAAGCCUCAUAGAGCAGCGUGACUCGCAGCCCCUCCUUCAGCUCAUUGACAGCAUCGGAGACUGGCCCGUGGCGUCAGAGGACUGGAACACCACAACAGAGGGAACGUGGAGCCUUGAAGACACAUUGGCUAAACUUACAGCCCGUUUCCACAAGAAGGUUAUACUGGACAUGUAUGUGUGGACGGACGACCGGGACUCUCGGCGGCAUAUCAUCUAUAUUGACCAGCCGGGACUUGGAAUGCCAUCCAGAGACUAUUACUUCAAUGACGGGAACUACAAAAAGGUUCGAGAGGCCUACCUACACUUUAUGGUUUCAAUUGCUAUGAUAACCCGCGAGGACAGGAACCUGACUCAAGAUGACGACAGAGUGUUGGAGGAAAUGACAGAAGUUCUGGAGCUGGAGACAGACAUCGCCAACGCCACCUCUCCAGCUGAGGAGCGCCAAGAUGUCACUGUUCUUUACAACAAGAUGACACUUGGUGAACUACAGAGCAUCUACAGCUUUAACGGUUUUAACUGGACACGGUUUAUUCAAGGUGUGCUGUCGAGCGUGUCUGUCGAUGUCCAGCUGGAGGAGGAGGUGGUGGUGUACAGCUCUCCCUACCUUGAGAAGAUGAAUGAUGUGCUCUCCAGACACAGUGUCAGAACCAUUCAGAACUACCUCACCUGGCAGCUCAUCAUUGACAGAGUUAACAGCCUGAGUCGUCGCUUUAAAGACGCCCGAGCCCGUUACAGAAAGACUCUCUAUGGGACCACGGUGGAGGAUGCUUGGUGGCGAGAAUGUGUCCGAUAUGUCCAGAGCAGCAUGGAGAACGCAGUUGGAGCCAUGUACGUGCGAGAGACCUUUGCAGGAGAAAGUAAACGGAUGGUCAGUGACCUUAUCGGGAAGAUCCAGAAAGCAUAUGUAGAAACCCUGGAGGAGUUAAGCUGGAUGGACACUCCCUCGAAGGAGAAGGCGAGAGAAAAGGCCAUGGCUAUCAAGGAGCACAUUGGUUAUCCGGAUCAUAUUCUACAAGACAGCAACCAGAAGCUCGAUCAGGAAUAUGCUCAUCUCAAUUUUAGUGAAGAACACUACUUUGAAAACAUCCUUGAGAACCUCAGAUCUGAAGCACACAAGAGUUUGAAGAAGCUCAGAGAGCCUGUUGACCCUGACUUGUGGAUCAUUGGUGCUGCCGUGGUGAACGCAUUCUACUCACCCAACAGAAACCAGAUAGUGUUUCCUGCAGGAAUCCUGCAGCCGCCGUUCUUCAGUAAACACCAGCACCAGGCCCUUAACUUUGGCGGAAUAGGAAUGGUCAUCGGACACGAGAUCACACACGGAUUUGAUGACAACGGGCGCAAUUUUGACAAGGAUGGUAAUAUGCUAAACUGGUGGAGUAAUUACUCAGCGGAGCACUUUAAAGAGCAGUCGCAGUGCAUGGUGCAGCAAUACGGCAACUUCAACUGGAAGCUAGCAGGUGGACAAAAUGUCAGUGGAAUCAGCACCCUGGGGGAGAAUAUUGCAGACAAUGGAGGCGUUCGGCAAGCAUAUAAGGCUUAUCUAAAGUGGGUGGACACGGAGGGCGAGGAACCUCGUCUACCUGGUCUGGACAUGGAUCACAAGCAACUUUUCUUUCUCAACUUUGCUCAAGUGUGGUGUGGUGCUUAUCGGCCUGAGUAUGCUAGCCAGUCCAUUAAGACAGAUUCACACAGUCCUUUAGAAUACAGGGUGCUCGGAUCACUCCAGAACUUUGAAUCUUUCUCAGAAGCUUUCCAGUGCCAAAAAGGUAGUCCGAUGAACCCUGAUCUGAAGUGUCGUGUCUGGUAGAUCACCUGAGGCAUUUAUGUCUUGACAUGGGCAACUCAAAUCUAAAGAAGUUGUACAUUUCACUUGCUUAUGACUUAUUCCAGUUUAUUUGGGGCCGAGUGAUAACACAGACAUUUGCAGUACUGUAGAUGUAUUGUAGAUGUUUUUUCUAAUGUAUGAUUACCCGGACAACACGUUAGUUUCAAACGCGAACUCACUAUUAAAAGAAAUUUGCUUGAGCAUCCGCCCAAGCCUUGAAUUGUUGUCUGUGGAUGAGGAGGUCACUUGUUCUUUGUUUGCUGUGUCCCACAACAAGCAACGAGUGGGAACAUGAAUGAAAAGGUUAGAGUGAAAAAAGAAGACCUCGCGAAAAGGUCAAAGCUUAUGUGGCUGGCUUUAAAUGCUUAACCAGCCUCUGUUGAACUAAUUCUUUGAAAAAUCUCUUCCGUAGAUUUUCGUGAUUUAUCCAUUAACAUUUGGCACUGAGUUGCCUUGGUGUCUUUUCGUGUACUGUUUUUAAGACAUUGUGCCCCUUCACACGGAAUAGCAGUGAACAAAUCUUACUGACAGAAGAGAAUGAAAUAAAUGAAAGCUCGGGGGCGCGAAGGAAAGCUGCGACAGAAUUAGUCACACUCGGAGAGUUUGGUUAUUCACUGUUACAUGGACACAAAUUACCUAAAGACUUUAAGACUGUUAAAUCUUUACAGCUUUAACUAUAAAUGAACAUUCAGAGACAGCUGCAGCUUUCGGCAUUUUUACACUAACAAAGUGGAAACAUAUUCAAGUUGAGUAGUAGUAGUAGUACUUUUCGGAGAACCUAAAUCUCUUUGUCAUGUUCUGCAAAUGAUUGUUACUCAACGUACACAGCAGAAGUGUAUAUGUACGACAGUUUGCUGUAAGACACUAUAUUCAACACGUUUUGAAAAAUAUUGGUGGCCUGCUAUUUUCUUGGCUUGUGAGAAACCCCAGCAGUCGUUGGAGGUAGAGUGAUGUAAUACUGAUAUUAACUGCGUUGUUGGUCGCUCCCGAUUUUGACUGUUAUCCCUUUAGACCGCAGUUGUUUUGUGUGUUCGCCGCCUGCUCCCUCUCUUCUUCUGCUUCCACACCUUUUUCACGUUCCUAGUGGGCUAAACGAUCAAAACUCCUAACGUGUGCCAUUUACCAUGUGACACAAACCUGCAGUUAUUUAGAGUAAUAACUAGCUGGUAUCUGUAAAUUAUAUUUAAUCAAAAACGACUGUUUCGUAGAACAACUGUUUUUUUCCUUCCGCACAUGACCUCCCGAGAGGAGGCUGGUGCGCACAGUGAUUACAAGACUUUUAGCCUGCGAGCAUAACCAAUUACACGUUGAAGUGAACGGAGAAGAAACCCCCCUCUCACACAUGGACAGGCAGCAGAUGAAGUGCUUUGCCGUCUGAUCUUGCAUUGAUCAGUGUUGUCUAAGAUGAAAGGAUGGAGAGUGGUGUGCUGAAGCGUGGUGACCGCUUUUGCUGAUCCACGAGUCCGCGGGGCAGACACACAGAGAAUGAGGGUUGUCAUUAACGAGAAAGCCGGGGCCAGGACUGUUAUUUUCUACCUUAUUAACAAGUAUUGAUGGAAGAAUCAAAGCAGAGCAGACCUCAUAAGAGAGGAUGGACACGCUGGCUGCAGUCAGCUGAAGAGAGCUCUCAAACGCAGCGGAAGAUCACAAGCAACACAAAGACGGUUUUGAAUGUUAGCUGUCACUGGUCACAUUUAGGAUGCCUUGGUGAACUGAACGUGACUGUUAGGUCUCGGCAGAGGCUGCGGAGCUGCAUGUUCAUAUUGAAGCUUUAUACUCUCAGUCUGUCUCUCGGUCUUCACAUAUUGGCAAAUACUGUUCUGUUAAGCAGUGGGAGAUGUCACAUCCUCUGAAUGUAAGGGUCUGAUUAUGUCCUGCAAUCUUAAGGCAAAUGUUUGACAGGUUGGGAUAUAUAUUUCCUUUUCGCUUUCUGGCAGAGAGUUAGAUAAUUAGGGUUAGAAAAUUGACCACUUCCAUUUUGGACCAUUAAAUAAGAAGGAAGAAACUACUACCCAGCCUCUGACCACCGUAAUGAAAUCCACAUUCAAGCACGUCUGCAGUUCGCUAAUCACAACCCUUCCUACUAGGAAUUAGAUGUGUAUACUAAUAAACUAUUAAAUAAAUUAUGUUGUGAAGACAAAACAUAUCACUGAAUGGGUUAUUUUCAGGCUGAAGUGGUCGUGAUGGAUAGCAGGCAGACUAAGUGCAAGGCUGUGAUACUGUAAUUAUGUUUACGUAAAAGAAGAUUGGCUAAUGUUAGGGAAAGGCUGGGGCUUUGGUUAAAUGUUAAAAAACACGUUCCAUCUUAAGUCAUAGUGGAUUCUUUUAUUAUUAGUAUUAAACGAGACCUCAACAUGCAUAGCUUUGGGAGACCACAAACCAAAUUUUUAUGCUGUAAUCAAUCCACAUUGAUUUAAGUGCAAAGGAAGACAGAAUCAUGACCGUCACAGAUGAUUUGAGCGUGCAAUAGGAAUUGUGAAAUGACGUCUGAGCAAGGAACAUGGAUUCUCACGCUUGUGAUGAUUAAAGCUGCUUGCACACAUUUAUGACAGACUGAAUCCCAAGCAUAAACCCAGUUGUGUGACUGGUCCAUGUUUGACCCCAAAAUGACCACCAAUUACUUUUACAAUACAUUAUACCACUGUACGAUUCGAUACGAUACGAUACGAUACGAUGAAUUUAUUGUUCCUGCUCGGAGGAAAAUAAAUGCUUUAAAAAUAAUGGUUGAUUUUUAUCUAUCAAAGGGACAGAGAGACAGAUUUCAGUCUCUUUACUAAUCUGCCUGAUCUUUGAAGAUGUUAAAACCACAAAAACCUGUGGUCUGAAGAUACCUUUUACUUUCUUGAAAAGUUUCCUAGGACUAAAGGUUGUGGUUACUUCGAAUAGAAACACGGUGUGAGACUUUAGAGGUGCUAUUAAGCCGAUUUGGUUGCUUGCAGAAAAUUCCUGUUAGCUGUGUCCAGGCUUAGUUAAGCUAGCAAACUACUGGCCAUAACAUAUUUUACAGUAUAUAGCGUUGUUCAGCCGUGUAUAAAUUCUCUGCCAGAAAGCAAAGAAGCAUAUUUCACCGAAUGUCAAGCUACUCCUUUGAACAGCAGGUGAUGUUUGGUUCAAAGAAAGUCAAAGAUGCACCACUGGGCAGUCAUAAGAAGAGCAACAGGUUAGACUUGUGUAUAUUUUGUCCGGUUUGCCUGAAAAAACGAACAAACAAACAAAAAAACUGUGCAACAGUUCAAAGUUGUUAACUGACUACCAAGGUUACCUAAAAUAAAAUGUAUUAUUUUAGAGAAUUGAUGUUCUAUACGGCAGAAAAUCUGAUAGAAAUCAGGUGAGAAUACAUAUACAAUGUGUAUACAAUACACAGAGUACAUUUCUUACCUUAAAUUCAGCUUCACACUUACCUAGUGAAUUUGUGUUGUUUUGAAAUUACGAGCCAAGUACUAAGACAUAUUCUUUUUUGCUAUAUCUGAACAUGUUUCAUCUGUACACCUUUCAGAAGAGUUUAUUUAUCUAAAUGAAUAUUUAUGACAUUGUUGCUUUGCCAGAAUUCAGAUGUUUAAGAUGUUUUAUGAAUGUUCCUGCUGCUAUGUAAUUAUCUAGACUGCUAUUUUUGUGACUCAGAACUCUAAUUAUCGCCAUUAAAGUGACUGUCUCUUGAAA